AAUAAAAUAAAAACAAGGGCAGCAAACCCCCAACUAGAACAGGUAAGAAGGCUCUGAGAGAGACGUCACCAAGGAAAUUAGAUUACUAGAGUAACACACUUAGGGAGUUAGAUAGCUGAGGAAGUAUUUGAGUUUGAAAUUAGGGAUAAAUACAUUGAAAACUAAGGAAACAAAUAAACAAGACACUUAUUAACUCCUAGGAUAAUGAAAAGUUGAGAAUGGAAGACAAAAUAAUCAGAGUGUGAUAUACAUGUGAACAGCAUUUACAUGGUCAAUAAUAAAUAUAAUAAAACUGAAUACUGAUUUAUCCAAAAACUGAAAUUAUGACAUAACUAUAAUUAUAAAAGAUACAGUGUACGAAUGGGGGGUAGGUGAGGGAUGGAGACAGGUAGUAAAAAAAAAAAAAAUCAUCAUGCAGAGAAUAAAGUCUAUAAAUAAUGAUUUGUACUGAAAAAUCAAGAAGUAACAGCAUAAACAUGUUGUUAGAGGUAAACGCCAACAAAAGAAAUGGGCGAAGAGUUGCCCCCAAAGAGGCAUAGAUGAAAAAGGACAGGAGGGGUAAUGUGUGACUCUUCAAACCAUAUGCAUUCAAUAAGUAUGAUUUUUAAAGUGUAAUCAGAUAAAGUAAACUAGUAAAGGUAUUUGCAAGAGCAUUUCAGGAAAUUACAUUGUAAUGGAUUGAAGAGUGAAUGAAUAUUGAGACUGUCCUCGGGCAGUUGAGUAGUGUAAGGAAGGGAAUAUUGGGGUAGGUUAGUACAGUUGCUUGAUGGAAAGAUUAGGAUUGAGGGGAAAAUUGUUUGUGUGAUUAUGGUGAUUUAGGUAGCUAACUAAUUGGUUAGUCAAUUUGUUCAAGACAGGGAUAAGCUUAAAAAGAAGAAAGCAGUCGAGAGAAUUUGCUGAGGUGAGGGAAUAAAUGAGGUAUCAAGGUCCCAGAAGAAGUGGUGGAUGUUGAAAUAAAAAACAAGAUGAAAGGGUUAGCUUUGAAAAAGAAGAGGAACAUCAUUUUUUUUAUGAUGAAGGAAAGGAUUAUUAAAAGAAUUUAUGUCUGAUAGCUUAUGUUCAGCUAUAUUUUCUCAUUGGCAGCAGUGGCUAAGUUCUCUGUUGUGGGACUGGGAUAUUUUUCAUGAUCUGAGAUUGGGAGCCAACCAGACAAAAAAAUGAAAGGAAUGCUGAGUAGCAAUUUUCAGAGCCCAGCUGAGGAUGAAAAUCAAAAUGUAUUUAUUCGUCAGCCCGGUCUGCCAUAACAAAAUACCACAGACUGAGUGUCUUAAACAACAGACAUUUAUUUUCGCACAGUGCUGGAGGCUGGAAAGUCCAAGAUCAAGGUGCCAGCAGGGCUUGGUCCCUGGUAAGCACACUCUUUCUGACUAGCAGACAGCCACCUUCUCACUGUGUUCUCACAUGGCACAUUGAGAGAGCACGAGCUCUCUGGUGUCUCCCCUUGUAAGGAACCAAUUCUGUUGGAUCAGAGCUCUUUCCUGUGACCUCAUUUAACCUCAAUUACUUCUUACUCCACAUACAAUAACAUUGGGGGUUAGGGUUUCAGCAUACGAGUUUGGGUGGGGACACAAUUUAGUCUACCAUAUAUAUAAUUCAGCACUGAGUUAUCUUGCCAUUUAUACCCAAUAGCCCAAGAGUAGGGGAGAGGACAGAUGGUUAAGUUGAUCUGAAUUUGGGGACUAGCAUGAUCGCGGUGGCAAAUGAAUGGAGGGGCUGGUGAAAGCAGGGCUAAGAUGACUGUUCAUGCAUUCCAGGAAAGGAGAGGGAAGCCAGGAAAAGGCUGGGUUUAGAUUAGGGGAUGGGUAGGGACUGGUAGGCUGGAAAGCCAACGGGACGCUUUGCAUAGCAUACCUUGAGUGGGUACAGUACUUUGUAGGGACAUAACUUUUCAUUUCUACACUUUCAACUUCAUUGGCAAUAAAUGAGAAUCAAUCUGAAAAGAAAAUUUAGGCUUAUUAGUGGUAGCAAUCACCACCUUUUUCUUUCUUUUCAGACGACUGCAUACAUUGAACAAGUGUGCCUCAAUGAAACUUGAUGUGAACUUCCAAAGGAAAAAGGGUGACGACUCAGAUGAGGAAGAUCUCUGCAUCAGCAACAAAUGGACUUUCCAAAGAACGAGCCGCCGGUGGUCUCGCGUGGACGACCUGCACACACUGUUCCCCGGAGGAGACAGGAAUGGGUCAUCGGGAGACAUUAGGAUGAGGAACACCACCAGCAGUGAAAGUGUCCUCACAGACCUGAGCGAGCCCGAGGUCUGCUCCAUUCACAGUGAGAGCAGCGGAGGGAGUGACGGUCGCGGCCAGCCGGGCAGCCACAGCGCGGGCCGCGAGCCGUUCGACUGCCCCGGCCAGUCCUGCCCCGACAGCCCAGUCAUGCUGGACGCCACGUUCGUCAGCGGCAGCCUCCCACAGUCCCCCAGAGACGUUCUCAGCUACCCCCUCCACCCAAAGAAUGAGAAACCCACCAGGACCAGAGCCAAAUCAUUUUUGAAACGUAUGGAGACACUCCGAGGGAAGGGAGCGCACGGAAGGCAUAAGGGGCCGGGGCGGACCGGGGGCUUGGUGAUCAGCGGGCCCGUGCUGCAACAAGAGCCAGAGGCCUUCAAGGCCAUGCAGUGCGUCCCCAUCCCGAACGGGGAUCUCCAGAGCUCGCCCCCCGCUGCCUGCACCAGAGGGCUCCUGAGCUCCAGCAAAUGGAGCGGGGAAAGCAGCCAGUCGUUAAAUAGUGGUAGCGGGGUGAGCACGCCCGGCCCCAAGGAACGGAAAAGCCAGGAGGCCAACAAGCGCGGGGGCAUGUACUUGGAAGACCUGGACGUGCUGGCCGGGACAGCACCGCGGGACACAGGCGACCAGAACCACGCACACGAGUUCCAUUCCCAGGAGAACUUGGUAGUGCAUAUUCCCAAGGAUCACAAACCAGGAACGUUCCCCAAGGCACUCUCUAUCGAGAGCCUCUCGCCCACAGACGGUAGCAAUGGGGUUAACUGGAGGACCGGUAGCAUCUCCCUGGGCAGACAGCAGGGCCCUGGUGCCGGGGAGCCCAGACUCAUGGCGUCCUGCCACAGGGCAAGUAGAGUCAGCAUCUACGACAACGUCCCGGGCUCCCAUUUGUACGCCAGCACGGGAGACCUUUUGGACUUGGAGAAAGAUGACCUCUUCCCUCAUUUAGAUGACAUCUUGCACCACGUCAAUGGGCUCCAGGAGGUAGUGGAUGACUGGUCAAAGAACGUCUUGCCUGAGCUGCAAACACACGACGCACUGGUUGCAGAAUCUGGAUUAUGCCCCUUUCCAUCGCCUAAUCAGAUCACCUUAGAUUUCGAAGGCAACUCAGUCUCCGAAGGUCGGACAACACCCAGCGAUGUGGACAGAGCAUCUCUUAAUGAGUCGGAGGCCACUGGGGUCAGGGAAAGGAGGGAUUCUGGUGUAGGGGCCUCUCUGACCAGGCCAAACAGGCGACUCCGAUGGAAUAGUUUCCAGCUCUCGCACCAGCCUCAGCCGUCCACGGCACCCCACAUCAGCAACCAGACAGCCGGCCAGCUGAACCUGCUCCAGCGUUUCUCACUGCUUCGCCUCACGGCCAUCAUGGAGAAGUACUCCCUGUCCAAUAAACACGGCUGGACGUGCCUCUCCCCACAGGCUGCCCCAAGAGGCUCGCGUGACCUGGUUUCUGUGAAUUCUAGGUCAGUUCCAAAGUUCAUGAAGAGGAUGAAAGUUCCUGAUUACAAAGACAAGACUGUCUUUGGUGUUCCCCUCAUAGUUCACGUGCAGAGAACGGGACAGCCCCUGCCUCAGAGUAUUCAGCAAGCACUCAGAUACCUGCGUAACAACUGCCUCGAUCAGGUGGGUCUUUUUCGAAAAUCGGGCGUGAAAUCUCGAAUCCAUGCAUUACGUCAGAUGAACGAGAGCUUCCCUGAGAAUGUCAGCUAUGAGGACCAAUCUGCUUAUGAUGUGGCAGAUAUGGUAAAACAGUUCUUCCGGGACCUCCCAGAGCCUCUUUUCACCAACAAGCUCAGCGAGACCUUCCUCCACAUCUAUCAGUAUGUCCCCAAGGAGCAGCGGCUGCAAGCAGUGCAGGCAGCCGUCCUGUUGCUGGCCGACGAAAGCAGGGAGGUCCUGCAGACGCUGCUGUGCUUCCUGAGUGACGUGGUCAACUCGGUGGAAGAGAAUCAGAUGACACCCAUGAACCUGGCUGUGUGUCUGGCCCCCUCCCUCUUUCAUCUUAAUUUACUGAAGAAAGAAAGCUCCCCCAGAGUCAUGCAGAAGAAAUAUGCCACCGGGAAGCCAGAUCAAAAGGACCUCAGUGAGAACCUGGCCGCGGCUCAGGGGCUUGCCCACAUGAUCACAGAAUGCGACAGACUGUUCGAGGUCCCACAUGAGUUGGUAGCCCAGUCCCAUAACUCCUACGUGGAGGCUGAGAUCCACGCUCCGACUCUAGAAGACCUGGGGUCCCAGCUGGAGGAGAGCGGAGCAACUUUCCAUAUGUACCUGGAACAUCUCGUCCAGGGGCUCCAGAAAGAAGCCAAGGAGAAGUUCAAAGGCUGGGUCACGUGCUCCAGCACAGACAAUACAGAUCUUGCUUUCAAAAAGGUGGGGGACGGGCAUCCGCUGAAGCUAUGGAAGGCCUCUGCGGAGGUCGAAGCGCCCCCCUCAGUGGUUCUGAAUCGUGUGCUGAGAGAGCGUCACCUGUGGGAUGAGGAUUUUGUGCAGUGGAAGGUUGUGGAAACUCUGGACAAGCAAACAGAAAUCUAUCAGUAUGUGCUGAACAGCAUGGCCCCCCAUCCUUCCAGGGACUUCGUGGUUCUCAGGACCUGGAAGACGGACCUGCCCAAAGGAACGUGUACCCUGGUGUCCCUCUCCGUGGAGCACGAGGAAGCCCAGCUCAUGGGCGGCGUGCGGGCCGUGGUGAUGGAUUCUCAGUACUUGAUAGAACCUUGUGGCUCCGGCAAAUCGAGACUGACCCACAUCUGCAGGAUAGACCUGAAAGGUCACUCCCCAGAGUGGUACAGUAAAGGCUUCGGACAUCUGUGUGCAGCAGAAGUUGCCAGGAUUAGAAACUCUUUUCAGCCCCUCGUUGCUGAGGGUCCAGAAACUAAAAUCUGAGUUUUCCCCAGUGCGACAUCAAACUCAGGGAAGAGGAAGUGAACGGAAACACUUGUGGGAGAGGCUGCUCGUGAGAAAGCGAGAGAGAGAGAGAGAGAGAGAGAGUGAGAGAGAGAGACGUGGUUAAUGCUUAAAAAUGGAAACACUGAGAAGUCGGAAUGUUGAAGAGGCAAGAAUUGCUGAGAACUUUCCUAGCCUUCCUGGAGACGGCUACAUCCCUACUAAUAUAAUAUUUUUAAAAAUCAGAACAUUUAUCUAUGUUACUUAAAAUUAAAUAGAUUAUUUCUUGUGCAUUGCCUAAUUUGCUAUUUAAAGGCUUCUAAGAAGCAUACUUUUAACUGUAAAUAAAUGUAUGUAUAGCAUAUGUACAUAUGUGUGUAUAUCUCUAUCUUCACUGUAUAUAUGCACAGUAUCAAUUUUAUAUAUAAUUGCGUCUUUUGAAAAGGAAUGCAUCUGACUCAGUGAGUCCCUUCCUCACUCAUGUGGUUCUUUCCGAGUUGCUCUGGGCCCAGCCCCCCACUGUCCUGCUGCUAACACCCAGGUAUGAAAAUGUGUAGUCUGUCGGUCAGCCCCGAUGUCUAACCAAAGAUUAGCUAACCAAAGGAAAACAACAUUGAAAGUUGUUAUGUGUUGUCAGUUUGCUUGCGUCCUUCAAAAACUGAGCUUGGAGUGCUGGAGAAUGCUGGGAAAAGAAUACUUACUCCUCUUAAAAGCACAGAAGUGGAGUAGAAGUCAUGACCAAGUAUAAGGCUAGGUUGCCAGUAGCCAGUGGACCCAGCCGGAUGCAGUUUGGUGAAAUGUCAGAUGCCCACGGGCCACUGGAGUCAGGGCAAGUGACUGCAAGAACUUCAUUGCCCUGCUGGUUAGAGCCAAAUAUAAUAGCCUUUGCAUAGUCAAAGCCCAAGGGAGCCUCUGUGUUUUAUCGAGUUUUCAUAGAUACAUUUUAUCAUGUUCCUAAAUGUCAUUCUGUAUGACCAGUGGCCUAUUUGGUCACAGUUAAUCGGCAUUUUCUUACCGAUACAUUGCACUGAAUUUAACUCUGGACACCAGACAGGGGGAGGCGAUGGUCAGUUGAGAGUCCUGGACCAUUACAGCUUCAGGGAAUUCUUAUUUUGCCAUGGAGGAUGUUCUUAAGAUAUAAUUCAUUAAACUUUUGCAAUUUAAAAGACAGGGUUUUAAACUAACGAUAAGACCAAAACUGUACUCUGCGAAAAAGAACUCUUAGAAAAUAUAAACAGGUUUCUUAAUUUCAUAUUUCUUCAUUAGCCUGUCAAGCUACCUACACGUUUGACCCAAACUUAUUUAUUAUUGUAUAGACUAAGCAGAUUGACUCUCCUUAACCCAUUGCUAAUGGAUUUAAGUUGUGGAGUUUUUUUGUUAAUUGUAAUUUGACAACGGUAGAGAGAAAGAUAAGUUAUUAUGCUUGGCUUCAGGAAGAGAUUUUCUUUGGUAAUCCAUGAAGAUUGGCAUCAUAACUUAGCAACUGGUAUGGGAGGAAAAAAAAAACCUUAAAUGAGUGUUUUCCCUUUCUUUUGUAUUGUUAUGCAUUUAUGUUAUUAUGUAAUGUUUUUCCUAUCAGCAAUGUGCAAUUCUUUUAUUGAGAGAAAUAAAAAUAUUAUAUAUGAGUUCUCUAUGGUGCAAGGAAAAUCAUACUAUUUGAAUUAUGACCUGGGAAUUUUUCAUUUCCUUGCCUACAAAGAAGUGGCCAGCAAACCCAUAAUUUUCAAGUUGGGCAAUGCUCCGUGAGGAAAACAAAUUCACUUCUGCCAUGCAUCUUAAAUUCAACCAUAUAUGUUGGAUUACCUUAAUAUGCAUAGACAAGAUUAAUGAAGUUUAAUCUAGUUUAACACUGGUCCAGAGAUGGAAUCCUAGGGGUUUGGAAAAUACGCUAGACACACACGGAUGAAUCGUACUGUAUCACCAAGUUUAGCGUGAACACGAAUCACCCGGAGAUCUUGAUCAACUGCAGACUCUAAUUCAGGCAGUCUGGAGUAAGAUUCUACAUUUCGAACAAGUCUCGGGGAUGCCUAUGCUGCUGGCCCAAAGACCACACUCUGGGAAACAAGAGGGUACUAAAACCAAUACGGUUGUAUUCAUGACCCCCCCUUCUCUUCAAAUUACCUGACUUUCCCAUUUUUGCGCGCGUACUAAUCAUGUCACUGUUGCAUAACCUAGUGCGUCUAAAAAAAUAAAACAGGAAAAAUGAGGGAAAAGAUGCAUCGAGCUUCUUUGUCAAAUACCACAGUAUUUUAUUCAUUGUUAUCUUGCCAAUGGAAAUAAAAUAUGAUAUUGCAUUUAAAUAUUAUAUUUAUACCUCAUGUAUAUUUUUACCUCAAUUGUUGGUAUCAAUCAUCAAUUGUAAAUAAUUGCCAAGGCAAAUAAAUUUAUAUACAUUAAAUAUUUCCUAUUUUCUAUAAAAAUAUAUGUUGAUUUUCAUGCUUCAUCCUGUAAGCGGAAAACCUGUCUUCAGUACCUCUCCCAAAUACAAGGAUGUUGUUACCAACAAACACUAACAGUCUGGGCGCCUUAAUUUGCAUCUAAGGCAUUAAGGUGAUGGGAAGGGCUUAUUUU